CAGGUUCUACAUAUCAGGAAAGACGGGAAAUGCUGUGUGAAAAUAGCAAUCCAAAAGUUCUUAGCAAACUGCAGCCAGAGGGACUCAGACUAGAAUGGAGGUAGGAAGAACUGGGACAGAGUGGGCUUAAUCCUAAGCUUUUCUUUGGGCUGAGUUUCUGUUGCUUGUUAAUUUAGGGCAUUUACAGAUAGAUGUAUCACUCACUGGUGGUGUGGAGGCUGGGGCAGAACCAACAUCAACGUACUGAGCUAGAGUUUGGAAUACCAGUGUGUGUGCAUUCAGAGUGUUUUUAUUAAAGGAGAUCAAGAGCCUAGCACAGAUCUUACCUUCAUCACCUAACUGCAAAACCAGAAGUUAAGAAGCAGCAUCUUAAAGGAACUUUUCUAGAGAGAAGUCUUGAGAUGGCUCUGAAUAAUUGUUCCCACCUGAACCUGGAAGUGGACCCUUUCCUGUACUGCAACAACACCGUCAAUCAAAGUCUGAAUCCCCCCAAGAUGGACAACUGGUUCUACCCAGGAAUCAUUUACGUCAUCCCCGCAGUUUAUGGGGUUAUCAUCGUGAUAGGCCUCAUUGGCAACAUCACCCUGAUCAAGAUCUUCUGCACAGUCAAGUCCAUGCGAAACGUGCCAAACCUGUUCAUCUCUAGCCUGGCUUUGGGAGACCUGCUGCUACUGGUAACCUGUGCCCCUGUGGAUGCCAGCAAGUACCUGGCUGACAGAUGGCUAUUUGGCAGGAUUGGCUGCAAACUGAUCCCCUUCAUACAGCUUACCUCAGUGGGGGUGUCUGUCUUCACACUUACAGCGUUGUCCGCAGACAGGUACAAAGCCAUUGUGCGGCCAAUGGAUAUCCAGGCAUCACACGCCCUGAUGAAGAUCUGUCUCAAAGCUGCCUUGAUCUGGAUCGUCUCUAUGCUGUUGGCCAUCCCAGAGGCUGUGUUUUCUGACCUCCAUCCCUUCCAUGUGAAAGAUACCAACCAAACCUUCAUUAGCUGUGCCCCCUACCCACACUCUAAUGAGCUGCACCCUAAAAUUCACUCUAUGGCUUCCUUUCUGGUUUUCUACAUUAUCCCACUGUCAAUCAUCUCUGUCUACUACUACUUCAUUGCCCGAAAUCUGAUUCAGAGUGCCUACAAUCUCCCCGUGGAAGGCAAUAUACAUGUCAAGAAGCAGAUUGAAUCCCGCAAGCGGCUUGCCAAGACAGUACUGGUGUUUGUGGGCCUCUUUGCCUUCUGCUGGCUCCCCAACCAUGUCAUCUACCUGUACCGCUCCUACCACUACUCUGAGGUGGACACCUCCAUGCUCCACUUUGUCACCAGCAUCUGUGCCCGCCUCCUGGCGUUCACCAACUCCUGUGUGAACCCCUUUGCCCUCUAUCUGCUGAGCAAGAGCUUCAGGAAGCAGUUCAACACUCAGCUCCUCUGCUGCCAGCCCGGCCUGAUGAACCGGUCCCACAGCACUGGCAGAAGUACCACCUGCAUGACCUCCUUCAAGAGCACCAACCCCUCGGCCACCUUCAGCCUCAUCAAUGGGAACAUCUGUCAUGAGGGGUAUGUUUAGACUAACCUCUCAACCUUGCCUCCUAAAGGACUCCAGAUUUUGUUUUAUGGAUGGCCAGGAGCCCUGCCAUUGGUUGUUAUCUCUAUACCUUCCAAAGACCCUUCAGGAGGCUGAGCGGUUCAGAUGGGUAGGAGAGAUAUCCAAAUGCAUCAAUCACUAGUGUAUCUCAAAGUAAGCCAGCAGGCUUCAUUUUCUGUCUCAAUUUGGGAGGGCUUCUUCUGAUGGAGAUCAAAUCUUCCUGUUAAAAAGAAGGAACAAAUUGGAAAUUAUUAUUCAAAGCACCAAGCCCUGCUAUGCAAGUAUCGUCAAUUAAGUCAUAGAAAUUAUGUGAACAAAGAGAGCAGAGAAACCACGCGUUGGAUAUCUACUCUGUGAAAGAUUUUAUUUAAACAGAAGCUGAUUGCUUUCAAAACAUGGCUUGACUCUUUUUUCCAGAAAUAUCUAUAAUAUGUAAACCAAGGGACAACUUUAAUUUACAUUCCUAAAAUGAGAAGCCAGCUCUUUUAAGAAAGAGUCCCAUGUAUGAGGAAUGGACUUCAUUUAUAACAUUGGAAGCAGUGUAAUAUAAAACAAACCUCUAAAUAUUGACUUUUAAAAAGAUGUUGCUGAGGACACAGGAGAAACACCCAAUAUAAAAUAUUAAGGCAAAAUACAGCCAAACACAUAGAUCCAUGUAUGGAUAUAGAGCAACAGCUUAUGGUCUGACUUUUUGUUUCAUAGAAAUUCUAAUUUUCGUUAACCCAAUUUGGGCCAUUGUAAUGUCAUUCUGCCAUGGAGGGGAAAUCCUUCUGUGGGAAAAAAUUGCUCAUUUUAUCAAAGUAGCAACUAUUUAUAAAUGUAUAAAGGAUGACAUUUAUUCUUGGUAUACAUGUUUUAAAUCAAGUAUAUUUACUUAGGCUUAAUUUCCUUGUUAUGGUGAAACAGUAGUUUCAAGAAGAGAAAGAUCAUAAUUGUAGAGAAAAAAUCAUGUUUAUAUUGGAUGUAUAGUUCCCCUAAAGUGUGUGCAGGAAAUUGAUACAGUUUUAGUAACAUGAAUUUGUGUCUGAGUGUGUGUAAAAAAAAAAGUCACAGGAACCUUAAAUUUUUGAACUGACCAAAACAGGUACAUUUUCGUUUCUAUUUAAAAAUAACGUGUAUGAAAUAGCCCACAUGCAGAAAAAGACUGGCCUGGUAGCUCCAUCUCUCUAAAUGCACAGAAAGGACUUUAUAAAGUUUGGACUAUCUUACUUGAGAAAUCCUGGUUUGACUUUUUCUGAACUUAAAGAUGGGCCAAUUCUGACAGACUGAAUAUGCAGACUCACUUGACUCUAAAUCCAAGUUGUACAAGUGUUUCCUAAUGUGUAUCCCUUAAAUCCUAAGGCAAUUUUAGUUCCAGCUUUCUCUGCCUGGGUGAGAUAUAAACAGCAAGCACAUAGCACAUAAAAAAAGCUUUCUGUUGGUUGAUGCAGGGAAGUAUUGGCUGGCUGUGAAGCUUUAGGCAUUAGGACCAAGACAGUGUAAGGAUCUGUGCUUACAAUUGUACCAGCUGGAACAAAAUCUCCUCAUUCCCACUUUCUCUGGGCUUUUAUGUACUAUAAACACCAGCUUUUCUGGUAGUCCUUAAUUACAUUGCACUGUUUGAAAAGCAAGACACACAGUGGAGGUAAAAGAACCAAGACGUCUUGCUAUCCCAACUUCAUCUCUAGCUGUAUGACUUUGGCUAUCCAUUUUUCCUCCCUAGGCUUCCCUUUCAUGUUUAAAAUGGGAUGACAGAGCUAAGUCCUUUCUAGUGCUAAGAUCCUCCGAGUCUCUUCAUUUCCUCCAGUUAUGUCUUGAAAGCAUGUGUGGCCCAUCUCCUUACAGUUAGUACCCUUCUGUUUCUCUUACAACCGUAAGUCAUUGGAGACCCCUGCACCCACUCUUCCAUGCUCCCGUGCACAUGGGCAGGAUGAAAGGAGCUAGGUCGUUCUGCUACCAAGGGACUCCUUGACAUCACUCACAUGGAUAAAGGUCCAUGAGAUUGUGCUGUUUUAGAAUUAGAGCUGAAAGAUACGUAAGAAAACGUGUGGCUCAGGCUUCUCAUUAUUCAAGAGGAACUCUUGCUCUUUGCUCUUCUUUAGCUUUCUCGAAAUACUGUGUCACAACUUUGCUCUUUUGCCUCAACCCUUCAAAAGCCUUGAACAUAAAUGGCUCCAUGCCUAGAUAGUUGCUAACAUAGAUGGGAUGUCUAGAAUUCUGGCAUAUGGAAUUUGCAAUAGUAGUUUAAGCAUCUCUGAUAUACCUGCUUCUAGGGAUGGUUCCAGAACAGAUUUCAGCCUCCUGUCUCCUUCAAUUAACAUCAGGGCACAGACAGAGCAUCUCUUUACUAGCCACUAGACAAACAGUGAGAAGAUCAAGGUCUGGGUAUCCUAAGGCAAAUCUUGUUUCUUCCUUGUGACUUGUAGAUGAUAGAGUUGGAGGGAGUUUUUGGCAGCCGGUGACCCAAACUGAUUAAACAUAGAGUGAAUUAAAUAAUGGGUUGAGCUGGACCUUCUUAUUAGGAAAGACUUAAUUGGUCCAUCCCUUCUCUAACUAAAUUUAAGUUUUAUUUUAAAAUCAAGAACCUAAAAUCAUAUGAUAAACCUGAGACCCAUAUAGUGUCCCUUCUCUGCCAGGGCAGAACACACAGGGGUUGGAGCUGAACCAUUUCAUGCCUGGCUUCUAAAGAUAAUCACGUUUAGCACUUAUGUCUUUGGUGAAGGAAAAAAAAUCAAUUUUUGCUGUGGAAAACCAUCUGUGUUUAUUCAAUUGACAGAUACUACCUUUCAAUCUUUCUUAAAUUGAGCCUCCCCAAGGCAGGCAGCUCAACAGUGAUAGAUUAAGCAAUAAACAAAGCAGUCUCCCCACCAAGGGCUGCUGCUGGCAGGGAAGGUACAGCUGCCAUUGGGAGUGAUAUUCGGCAGCAAGAUGAUCCUCCCUGGUUAGUGCAGACAAGGUCCCUCCCUGCUGAUGAUUUUAUGAUUCCCCAUAAAUGUGGAUGGCUCAACCCAGUUCUUCUGGCUGCUCUCACUUCCCCACUGAAUCUAACUUUCUGUCUCAUUAGCAAAGCCUCUUUGCCCCACUAAUAAUUUGGUUCUUCAGCUUAGAGGACGGGGAGCCUGUAGGGAAACUAUUUGGAAGCUGCUACAGACAAAGCAACCUCAUCUUGUUAGCAACGUGCACACUAAACAGAAGUAAAUGAACUUGACUGUAAGAUGUGGGGGAACUUGGGUUAUAAAGUUCUUGUUGCCGCCAAGAGGAGCAGUUGGUUAUUGGUUGCCCAGCCUCAUCAUAUGUCAGAUGGCUUCUAGUAAAAGGGAUUAUCUUUGUUUGGAGAAUGACGUGUUGAAUGACAUCCUCAUCUGUGGGUUAAAAGGUGGCUAAGUCACUUUCCCCAGAAGCCAGAUAGAAACAAUUACCCUGAGGACCUGGCUGUAUGAGGACUGAAUGAACAGUGUACACCAAAUCAUGGUAAAAGCGGGGAGAUACACACUUUCUUGCCAUUGGAUCUCUUCACCUCCACACUGGGAGGGAGUGGUUGUGAGAGAAUGGAUUAUAGAAUUAGCCAUGAGGUUCGGGGAGGAACAGAGCAUAUUUUACAAAAUUCCUCUAACCUUGGCCCCAUUUCAUGGAAUGAACUAACAACUGAGAGGAAGCAAGAGUGUUUACUUUUAUGGGACCAAUCUCUCUCGCUCCUGCUCUCUCUUCUCUGUCUCUCUGUGUGCAUGUGCAUAUGAGCUAAUCAGUGAAAGCACACCACCCUGAGCUCUCCUUCAUUCUGUGUCUGGAGUGCUAUUCCUCCCGGCCACACCUCUCCCACAGCACACAGACACAGCAACUUUAACACUGCUCCACUCUCACUCUGACUCUGGCCUUCAUGGCCAGUGAGAUAGCUCAACUGGUAAAGGCGCUUACUGCUGAGCCAGACUAACUAAAUGCCACCCCCAGAACCCAUGCCGCUGAAGGCAAGAACUAUCCUGAAAGUUGUCUUCUGACCUCCGCACAUGCACUGUGGCACAUGCAUGCCCUCCACACAACCCUCCCCCUGCCAUAGAUAAACAAAGGUAAUAAAAAGAAAUUUUAAAAUAUUAUAAUUUGGGUCUUUAAAGACAUCCUUUGUUAGAUAAAGGAAGAUCAAACACAUGCUCCAGGAGAGCAUAUAUCUAGAGCGGUCAACAAAAAGCACAUGAAGAACAAACUUUGCUUUCAUGAAACCUCAUGUUAGAAAUGCACUCAAUAGAGUUUAAAUAUUUUCUUAAAAUUUCAAGGUUGCACAUGUAUUCAGUGUAGGAAUCGUGGGUUAGACGAUUAUGGUCCAUGAUUAAUUCAAAAGAAUAUUGCAUUUACCUCGUGUUCACAGUCUAUAAAGCAUUCUCACACUCAUUACCUCAUCAAACCAAUACCUUUCCCACUGACCAAAAAGCCCAUUGACAUCCUUUAGUAUGGGAAUUUGGAAGUAUUAAAUUCACUUACUUGUGACCAUCUAGCACUGAAUUAAAAGAUCCAUGGAACCAUGGGACUGAAGCAUGAGCUGUCAAAAUCAAACCACAUUUGACCUUGAAAAGGAAAAGGUUGUUUUGUCCACUGCAAUUUAAUCUGAUUUCAUUUUGCUCUGAUCUGAAUUAACUGUGCUUUAUUCCUUAUGGCUCAUUCUGGGAAAAUGACAAUCAUUGCUUCCCAAGUUUCCAGGUAAUUUUGGUGCCCCUAGAAAGAGUCUCCUCACCUUGGUACAAGGGAGUUAACAGGGUUAUUGUUGUCUGCAAAGAAGUGGGAAUAACUUCCCAUGUUAUAAGGAAGUGGAAGGCAGAGACACAGGACAAGAUGCUUGGGGAAAAACAGUGGCCAUGAAAUUAUCCAAAACCUGAAUGAAUUCCUGUGGCUUUGAAAGUGCUGGGAGGCAAGGGCCUCAAUGUCACCAGGCAUUCAAAUGUGAACUUCUCUCCUGGGCAUAUGAAAUCAUGAUUCAAGGCCAUUACUUAACAAUCCUAAGAUUACAUGGAAGAGUCAAGUGGCAGAACAUAAAUAUAGAGCAGAAUUUCUCUUGAUUCCACACCUUCAUCCAGCAUUACUUCCCAAAUUCAGGCUGCGUGAGAAAUGAAGAUCCCAAGACUUAAUACAAAGCCAUGUUGCCACUCUAGAUGUUGCCCAAAGGCCCGACCUAGUGAUAGAAUUAAAGCCAAUUGGGCAAAGGAUGCAUCGAAGGCCAAGGCUGGGAUGCAGUACAAACUGAUUGAUCAGGGAAGUCCCUUAGCUUGUACCCUCAUCCCAACCCAAAGAUACACAUUAGUUGCAAGCACCUACUAAGUCUCAUGGUUCUGUGACUAACUGAAAAGCCUGCUGAACAGGCUGCUUGGGGACACAUGCUUGUAAUCCCUGCAUUCAAAGAGGCUGAGGCACAAGAACUGCUACAAGUUCCAGGACAGCCAGGGCUACACAGUGACACUUUGUCUUAAAACAACAACCAAAACAACCAAAAAACCAAAUCAACAACAAAUAACUCACCAUUGACAAAGUCAGAGAAGAGGACCCAAGUCCUAACAAUCAAGCUUUCUUUGAAUCAGGAUUCCUUGGAGAAUGGGUAUCAGGAAAGAGGCAGAGUCACUCACUCACCCUCCACUUGCCUUACUAAAUAAAUACGAUAUGGCAAUAAAUGGUUUCCUGGAGCCUGGAGACCUAGGCUACAGGAACGGCCUCUAAUAGGAAAAAAUACUCCUGGACUAAAGCACUUAGCCAGGAACUCAAAGAAGGAAUCAGUAGUCUGGAUACAAUGUUAGAAUCCCAGAUCCCACUGUCUCUUGCCUCCCCGCUCCCCCGAGUUCAUACAUUUCUAAGAGAUAUGAUUUAUAUUUCCCCAAAUUCAAAAAUCACUCCCAGAGUAAUAGAACAUGGAGAGACUCUCAUAACUUUAUGGUUUCUUAAGAGAAUCAUUUUAAUGGAUGAUAAAACUUCAUACAUUCGAGACUUCAUUAACUCCCAGGCAAACUUGAAAUUUUUGGUAUAACUCAGAACCUCAAUAUGUAAGACACAUUGUACAAUUUGGGCCUCUUGUGUAUUCAAGUUUUUCUUUGCAUUGGCUUUAACUAGUGACUAUGAUAACAAAAAAGUAAAAAUGCUUUCCCUAAAAAAUAUUUUGUUCUGUAAGCUGAGCUUUACUGAUUUGUACAUGAUCUUUCUUGUAUUCGAGACAACAGGGUUUGAGAUGAUACACUCCAGUGAGUUGUGAAACUACAUGGCACACGCUUCUUUAGUGUCAUUUUAUGUUCUGUUUUAAAUACUAGGCACAUGUUUUGUAAAUUAUAAUUGUACUUGUUAACAUUAGCCAUAAAUAUUUAUUGCAUUGAAAAACAUACUCUGUGUUAAAUAACUCAGAACGAGUUCCAGGUGUGGUACUCAGUGUAAAUAAUGUCAUAGCUUGGUUUUGUCUAGACUCUUUGGACUAAUGAAUUAUGUAGGAGAAGUUCACAGUAUGAACAUGACUGACUCAGAUCCUUUUACCUUUGCCAUGUUUGUUACUGUGUGGCCAUGUGAAACUUGCUCUGUUCAAGUGUGCUUUGUAAUUGAAUUUGGAUGUCUUCAGAAAUGUUUCCAAAGCUACUGUCCCAACCUGUGUGCUCUCUGGGACAGUAACUUGAAUCCAGUGUAGAAAACUGAAUGUUCAAAGUGGUAGAAGAUAAGUAGUUGCUCUUAUUUCUUAACACAAUAAAGCAUAAUUUAUAAACUGUACAGAUGCAUGCAUCCAAUAGUCAAUAAAAUAGUUGCUGCGUGACUGCA